AAGCGGAGGCCGCCCGGGCGUCGGUGCUGCGCGCUCUGCCGCGAUGAGUUCGGUGUCGGGGCUCCGCGGGGCUCGCGGUGCAGUUAAAAGAAGUGGUUGCCUGCAGUAACAAUGGAGCGUGACCGGCCCGAGGCAGUGCCCGGGCAGAGAGGCCCCCGGGCUUGCCCGCUCUGAACCUGGAGACGAAAUCCAGGCGUCGGCGGCUGCACAGCCGCCAUGGCUCUCCUGCCUCCAGGAAACCUGCAGUUGUGAGCAAAACAUGACAGAAACAGAUGCCUUCCCUACGAGAAAGGUAAAAAUGCAACCGAAACGCAAAAAAAGAUUUGUGCGGCCUAUGGAGAAGGUGCUGUGACUGAUCGAACGUGUCAGAAGUGGUUUGCAAAGUUUCGUGCUGCAGAUUGCUCGCUGGACGAUGCUCCACGGUCAGGUAGACCAGUUGAAGUUGAUAGCGAUCAAAUUGAGACAUUAAUUGAGCACAGUCAACGUUCUACCACUCGGGAGAUAGCCGACAUACUCAGAAUACCCAAAUCAAGCACUGAAAAUCAUCUGCACCAGCUUGGUUAUGUCAGUCACUUUGAUGUUUGGGUUCCACAUAAGUCAAGUAAAAAAAACCUUCCUGACCGUAUUUCCACAUGCGAUUCUUUACGUAAUGAAAAAGUUCCAUUUUUAAAACAAAUUGUGACGGGCGAUGAAAAGUGGAUACUGUGCAAUAACGUGGAAUGGAAGAGAUCGUGGGGCAAGCGAAAUGAACCACCAUCAACCACACUAAAGGCUGGUCUUCAUUCCAAAGAAGGUGAUGUUGUGUCUGUGGUGGGAUCGGGAGGGAGUUCUGUAUUAUGAGCUCCUUCCGGAAAACCAAACGAUUCGUUUCAACAAGUACUGCCCCCAGUUAGACCAACUGAAAGCAGCACUCGAUGAAAGCGUCCAGAAUUAGUCAACAGAAAAUGCCUAAUCUUCCAUCAGGAUAACGCAAGACUGCAUGUUCCUCUGAUGACCAGGCAAAUACUGUUACAGCUUGGCUGGGAAGUUCUGAUUCAUCUGCCGUAUUCACCAGACAUCGCACCUUCAGAUCUCCAUUUAUUUCAGUCUUUACAAAAUUCUCUUAAUGGAAAAAAAUUUCAGUUCCCCGGUAGACUGUAAAAGGCACCUGGAACAGUUCUUUGCUCAAAAAGAUAAAAAGUUUUGAGAAGAUGGAAUUGAAGUUGCCUGAAAAAUGGCAGAAGGUAGUGCAACAAAACGAGAAGUGUUUGAUCCGGCAGAAACGUACAAAAUGAACCACAAGAGGAGAGGAAUUGCUUUAAUCUUCAAUCAUGAGAGGUUCUUCUGGCACUUAACCCUGCCAGACAGGCAGGGCACCAGCGCCGACAGAGACAAUCUUAAGCGCAGGUUUUCGGAUCUAGGAUUUGAAGUGAAAUGCUUUGAUGAUCUUAAAGCAGAAGAACUACUGCUCAGAAUUCACGAGGCAUCAACCGCUAGCCAUGUAGACGCCGAUUGCUUUUUGUGUGUUUUCCUGAGUCACGGUGAAGGCAACCACAUCUAUGCAUAUGAUGCCAAGAUUGAAAUUCAGACACUGACUGGCUUGUUCAAAGGAGACAAGUGUCAGAGCCUGGUUGGAAAACCCAAGAUAUUUAUCAUUCAGGCAUGUCGGGGAAACCAGCACGACGUGCCAGUCAUCCCUUUGGACGCAGUGGAUCAUCAGACCAGCAAGCUGGAUGUCAACCUAACCCAGGUGGAUGCAGCCUCAGUUUACGCACUUCCUGCUGGAGCAGACUUCCUCAUGUGUUACUCUGUGGCAGAAGGUUAUUAUUCUCAUCGGGAAACUGUGAAUGGCUCAUGGUACAUUCAAGAUUUGUGCGAGAUGCUGGGAAAAUUCGGGUCCUCCUUAGAGUUCACAGAACUCCUCACGCUGGUGAACAGGAAAGUUUCUCAGCGCCGAGUGGGCAUCUGCAGAGACCCAAGUGCAAUUGGAAAGAAGCAGGUGCCCUGCUUUGCCUCAAUGCUAACGAAAAAGCUGCACUUCUUUCCAAAAUCUAAAUGAUUGAUAGGUGCUAUUUUGUUUUAUGUAUCUGUAUUUUUAUAUAAAGAAGUAUCACUCGGUAAUGGUACAGCAAUUUUAAAUGUCUUAAGCUCUAAUGAGAGAACUUUACAAAAAAACAGCUCACAUUGGACAUGGUGAAGGGGUUUGAUAUGUGUAGAAAUGAAAUCCUCAGGGAAUUCCUAGAAAUAAAAAUCCACAAGCAUUUGUAAUACUUGACUUUUGUAGUAAAUUGCAAGGUUAGUCAAAAUACCUGACUGAUUUAACUUGUAUUCUGUGACUUUUUAUAAAACUUUAUAAUGUUUUUAAAAGUUUUUGAACCUAAUAAUUUGUUUUCCUUUAAUAUCUGAAA